AUGUCGUCAGAUGGACGCUGCCUUUGUCCAACAAGUGAACAGCACGGAGCGUGCAGUUGUAUAGCAGCCGACUGGAAACGUGUACGACUACAACGUAUUGAACCGCCCACAGCUGUCGUGAACGUUACGAUACCGCCUAUUGCACGGCCGACUGAUGAGAAUAAAUAUUGGGCACUUUAUGCUGUCAUCAUUGCGUUAUGUCUUCUGCUCGCUUUAUGUGCGAUAAUCACAGUGUUCUUGAGAUUCUAUAAGAAGUACACUAAGCGUGGCAAGUCCGUUCGUAUACGCUUCAUAUCCGAUCAUAUCAACAGUAACAGUAUGGUUGCUGCUGAACCACGUGCUCCAUUAAUUUAUAAUUGUGAGUUUUCUUGA